AUGCAGCUGACUUUAGAGUGGGUGAUAGUGGAUGAUCGCAAGGGUAAAAGCACUACAGUUGGUCCACAUUCACCUGUGAACACUGCAGAGUCAAAAAUACCAGCCAAAAGGAAAAUGGUUCUAGAUGCUGUGCUUUUGGACUCAAUUACAGGAGCGUUGGGAGCACCAUUUUUAUUGGAGGACCCAUCAAACCAGUUCCUACAUCUCAAAAGACACAUAUAUUUUCAGGAUUACUGGAACCCAGAUCACAGUCCAAAUACAUGGGGAAACACGCUGGCUGAUCAGGCUCAUGAAACAUGGACUGCUUUGAAAACAACAGCACAGUAUUAUCUGAAUGUGAAUACUUUCACCCUUGACAUGUCUACUGCCCAGUAA